AGCUGGGAUUUAAGUCCGGAUGCAUCAUAGAGAUGCCGCCAAUUCUGCCAGUUGGGAGCUGGCAUCCAGACGAGUCCAUCAUACCUAAAUCUGGUUGAUGGAAGCUAUGCCGCUAAUAAUAAAUCCCAAACCGCAGAUUUCAAAGGAGGCCAGGUUAGUAUACGAGCAGCGACGCAAAUUCGGGAGCAAGCCUCGCCGUCGCUCUGCGGGAAGCCAACGUGGAGGCGGGCGACGGGCAAAACAAAAGCCCUCGGAAGUCGGACUCGGCGAGCUUUGAUGCGGAGCGCUUGCCGGAAGGGCCGCGUCAAUGCGGCCAAGAGAACCCCGGUUGCACGCCUCAAAACAAGCAAAAGGGCAAACUCUGCCGGGCGCUGGAGGCGUCUGAAUAAGACCCGCGAUCGGACAUGCAAGAAGACGAACCAGGAGGAGGAGGAGCGGGAGCCGGAGGAUCCGCGCUUGGAGAACCGAAAGGAUUUUGGAGCCAAAAUAUAUUGGAUUAUUUUCUGAACACCAAGCAAAUUAAAACAAGAGAUGGAGCUGAAAUCAUUUGGUAUCACAGAGCAAACAGCAAGCAACACAUGAAAGAGGCAAUACAGAGUGCUGCUCACAUGAUAGAAGCAGAUGUCCUCCUUUACGAUAAUCACCCAGUCAUGGCUCAUCCGCCUGAAACAAAUAGUGAUAACUCACUCAAAGAAUGGUUAAAUGAAAUUAAAAACACCAACAAAGGGAUCAAGCUUGAUUUUAAAAGUCUAGAAGCUGUGAAUCCCUCAAUGAAGCUUCUUGGAGACCUGCAUCUUAGGCAACCUGUUUGGAUUAAUGCAGACAUACUUCUAGGACCUAAAGGAAAUCACCCUGUAGAUGCAAAGGGAUUCCUAGACACAGUGAUAUCAUAUUUUCCAGAUGUAACUUUAUCUUUGGGAUGGACUACUGGGAGAAUUAAUUCAAAAUGCAAUACAGGUUAUAGUCUAGCCAUGGUACAAGAAAUGGCAGAACUAUGUAGAGAUCGUACUCAGCCAAUCACUUUUGCUGCAAGAGCUGAUUUGGUCUGUCGGUCAAAAUCUGAACUUCUGUGGUUACUACAGCAAUCAAACAGGUACACAUUAACCAUUUGGACUGGAAAAGAUGAUGAAUAUUCCGUAGAUGAUUUACUCUUCAUCAGAGCCAGCUUUGAUAAAUGUAGAGUUUUUUAUGAUAUCUUGGAGCCACAAAAUUCCGAAUUCAGAAAAGCCAUAGGAAUAUAAAAAAGGAUAAAUAAAAAAGUCCAAUCAACAAUA